GAAUGGUGCUGUCAUCUCUUCGGAUUAGUUGGCUUAUGGUGUUUUUUUUUGCCCGAAAAAUCCUGUGGAUGGUGUAGAAAAGUGGUGUUUUUCGCGGUUUUCUCGCCCCAUUUCCACGCAAAGUAUGCCAAAUACUUUGGCCGCGCAGCACACGCCGUGGCCCACGCAGCAGAUUGAGGUGUUUUUCGUGCACUAAGCUGGGGUUUUGAGGGGGUGGCACAGCGAGAGACUCUUGUGUUGUGCAAUGAAGAUGACGCUCGGAAAAGUGGAAUUUUGCCCCGUGAAGUGGCUCAAGUGAUGCUCUUGUGGCACCCGUUGUCGCCACACUAGGCCCCGUGCCGUGCAAAACAGCCAACUGAGACACCCUGAGGAAACGGGUGACUAAGCCUUUGUCGCGAAAGCGCAUUCAUCUUGUCAGCGCGAGUUAUCUACCUUCCGGACACAGGGCGUCCGUCUGAUCACACAGCCUGCGUCGCAGUAGAUGAAAAGAUGGCAACGGAACUGGACGAGGAUCGCCGUAGAAGGCUUGCUGCCCUCGAGGAGAAAAUUCGUGACCCUAGCGGCGUUGCCAAUCUCGACUGCCUCCUGGACACGGUGACAGCUCUUGUCGCCGACUGUGAUCACGAAUCAGUGAAACGUGUUAAGAAUAUCGAGGCAUACAUUCAAAGAUAUGAGCCUCUUGCGAGGGAGAUCAGUGACCUUCGGAUGCGGCCUGAGGACUUCCUCAUGGUCAAGGUGAUCGGACGCGGUGCCUUUGGCGAGGUGCAACUCGUGAGGCAUCGCUCAACCCAGAAAGUUUACGCCAUGAAGCGUCUGUCCAAAUUCGCAAUGAUCAAGCGGCCGGAUUCUGCCUUUUUCUGGGAGGAGCGCCACAUUCUGGCUCAUGCCAAUUCCGACUGGAUCGUACGGCUUCACUAUGCCUUCCAAGAUUGCAAAUAUCUCUACAUGGUCAUGGACUAUAUGCCUGGUGGUGACAUGUUCUCGCUUAUGUCAAUGUAUGAAAUCCCGGAGAAUUGGGCCAUUUUCUACACUAUGGAAAUCGUCUUGGCGCUGGACACAAUCCACAAUAUGGGCUUCGUGCACAGAGACGUGAAGCCGGACAAUAUGCUUCUGGACAGUUUGGGACAUCUCAAGUUGGCGGACUUCGGCACAUGCAUUCGCGUGGGAACGGAUGGAUUAGUGAAGUCCAGCAAUGCCGUGGGUACGCCAGACUACAUCAGUCCGGAGGUGCUGCAGUCUCAGAGCGGUGGUGGCGAGUACGGUCGAGAGUGUGAUUGGUGGUCUCUGGGAGUGGUGCUGUAUGAGAUGUUCUUUGGUGAGUUGCCGUUUUAUGCAGACAGUUUGGUGGGGACAUAUGGAAAGAUCAUGGAUCAUCGGAACUCGCUGACACUGCCUCAGGAUCCGGAUAUAAGUGAUAAUGCCAGAACGCUAAUCAGAGGAUUCCUCACGGAUAGGAAUUCUCGUUUGGGACGUCAUGGUGUGGAUCAAAUUAAGAAGCACCCGUUCUUCAUCAAUGACACGUGGACAUUCGAGAACUUGAGAGAGUCUGCACCGCCUGUGGUGCCAGAAUUGAAUGGAGAUGAUGAUACAAGCAAUUUUGAGGAUAUUGAUAAGGAUGAGACCCCGGAGGAAGUAUUUCCAGUGCCUAAGACAUUUGCUGGGAAUCACUUGCCGUUUGUUGGAUUCACAUAUACGGGAGAUUACCAACUGUUGAAUGUGUCUGCGGAUAAUGUGGACAACCGUCAGUCUUAUAAGAAUCAUCGUCCGUCGUACAGUGGGGAGAUUGUGCGUUUGGAGAAGCUAUUAGAGCAGGAGAGACAUACAGUAGAAGGGCUGAAGGGUCAGGAAAAGGCUCUGAGGACGCAAGUAGAACUGGCGACAGCCAGAGAGGCAGAAUUGCAGACUAUGUCUACGGAGUACGAGAAGGAAUUGACAAUGCUGAAACAUACAGUCCGGGAGACACACAGAAGGGCGGAGAAUGAAGGUGAACUGAGGAGGAAGACGGAACUGCUGCUCAAUGAGACGAAGAAGCGUCUUGAUGAGGAGCAAAGCAAAAGGACACGUGAGAUGAACAACAAUCAACAGCACAACGACAGGAUCAAUAUGUUGGAGAAGCAGGUGACGGAGCUUCAGGAGAAGUACUCAAUGGAGACAGAGGCGUGUCAGAAGUUAAAGAAGCAGCUGCACGAGAUGCGCAUGGCGAGGAGUGAGAUUGAGCAAAAGUGCAGUGAGUUGCAGUCUAUGCUAGCCACAGUGCAAGCGCAGCGAGAUGUGCUGCAGCAGGAAGUGGCGGAGUUGCAGAGUCGAUUAGCUCAUGAAAGAAACACACGGCAGCAACUGGUGGAAGCGCAUGAGGAGAAUGAGAGCCGUCUGCAGACGCUGAAUAUUGAGUUUGAGAGGAGCUUUCAUCGGGAGCAGAAGAGUAUAGAGGAUAACAGAGCGUUGUCGGAGCGCGUGGCGAAUUUGGAGAAGGUGAAAGCUACAAUGGAGGUGGAAUUGAUGGCCAUGCAGCAGCGAUAUCAACAGGAGGUUAAAGCACACGAGGAGGCAGCUCGCAGCCAGAAGGUGUAUAAGGAAGAGGCUAAUAUGGAGGAGGUGAAGGCGCUGCAAACAAAGCUCAAUGAGGAGAAGAUUGGCAGACAGAGGGCGGAUCAGAAUUCACAGGAGAAAGAGAGGCAAAUCUCUAUGCUGUCCGUAGACUAUCGGCAAAUGCAGCAACGACUCCAGAAACUCGAGGGCGAGAAUCGUCAGGAGACUGAGAAGGUUAUCGCACUGCAAAGUCACCUGGAGCAGGAACACUCGAAGAAGAACUCACUGCUGUCGGAAUUGAGCUUGCAGAGUUCAGAAAUAGCUCAUCUCAAAGCCAAAGAGACUCAGUUGAUAAAGGAAGUGCACCAGUUGCGAGACAUGAAGAGGAAAUUUGAGGAGGAGGUCUUCAAGAUUAAGAAUGCUCACAACCAGGACAUACUUCAGAAUAAGGAAUUACAGGAACAAUUGGAGGCUGAACAGUAUUUUCACAAGCUGCAGAAGAAGCAAUGUAAGGAUGUGAGGGAUGAAUUGGAUGAGAAGACACGAGUUUUGCAGGAGCAGGAAGAGGAGAGGAAGUCACUGGUGCAUCAGCUGCAGAUUGCUCUGGCCAGGGCAGAUUCUGAAGCUCUGGCACGGUCCAUUGCCGAGGAGACUGUAGCGGACCUCGAGAAGGAGAAGUCGAUGAAAGAAUUUGAGAUGAAGGACGCAAUGGCAAAGCACAAGAGUGAAUUGGCUCACAAGGAAUCAGCAUUGUUGGUGAUGAAGGACGUAGAGUACGAUGUUAAUAUGAAGCUGAGCAAGAAAACUGUGGAAUUGGAUGAUCAAAUGCAGAUGAAUAAGAAAUUACAGGAUGAAUUGGGACAAGUGAAAGUGGACAAGGCAGAGAUUGAACGACUGCAGGCAAAGCUGAAGCAAGAGACUUUGUUCAAGCAGUCAGCAGUGAACAAACUGGAGGAAGUGAUCUAUCGCAAGGACUUUGCCAACACGUCAAAGAAUAAGAAGGUUGGUUCGGCGACUGAGUUGAGGAAGAAGGAGAAGGAGAACCGUCGAUUGAAGCAGGAAUUGUGUCAGGAGCGUGAUAAGUACAGUCACUUACUGGCGAAAUUCAAUGAAUCACAAUUGAUCUUGAAUGAGGAAAUGGUGGCCAAGACGAAACUUCAGAUGGAGAUUCAGUGCAAGGACACAGAAAUUGAGAUGCUUCAGACGAAACUCAAUGAAACAACUUCACUCUCUUCCGCCGAAAAUGACACGGAGGAUAAUCAAGAUUCAAUCAUCGAGGGAUGGCUCAGUGUGCCAAAUAAGCAGAAUAUCCGAAGACAUGGAUGGAAACGCCAAUUCGUCGUGGUAUCCACGAGAAGAAUCAUUUUCUAUAACACAGAACAUGACAAGCAGAAUACCAGCGAUCCUGUCCUUAUCUUGGAUUUAAGCAAAGUGUUCCACGUUCGAUCUGUGACACAAGGUGAUGUGAUUCGUGCUGAUGCCAAAGAAAUUCCCAGAAUAUUUCAAUUGCUGUACGCAAUGGAGGGUGAGGCUCGACGACCGGAUGAUCAGCAGCAAAGUCAAUUUGAUACCAUCAAAGGAGCCAGCGAGGAGAGGCCUGGAACAAUUCACCACAAAGGUCAUGAAUUACUUCAAAUUUCCUACCAUAUGCCAACAACAUGUGAAAUUUGUCCGAAACCAGUUUGGCACGUGUUCCGGCCACCACCCGCUUAUGAAUGCAAAAGAUGUCGCAUAAAGAUUCACAAGGAGCAUGUGGACAAUAAUGAUCCUCUAGCGCCAUGCAAACUACAUCACGAUCCUCAUUGCGCCCGCGAGAUGCUUCUGUUGGCGUCCACGAAGGAGGACCAAACUCGGUGGGUGAGUCGCCUGUCGAAGCGCAUCCAGAAGUGUGGCUACAAAGCCAACAACAUCAACAGCGCCGCAGGAAAUGAUGGUAGCAAAAUUUCACCUAGCCAGUCAACACGUUCCAACUACAAACCAUAUGCCGCAACUAAUGUACAAAGAUCAGCAACUCUUCCAGCUAAUUCAUCAUUGAAGCAGCAAUAACAGUUUUACAAGGAGAAAAAUUCACACAUUUUAUAAACGAAAAAAAAACUUAAGAGAUACAAUUUCGAAUGCAACAUCAAAAUGCCUAACUCUUUGCCUACAGACAUGUUUUUUAUCACUUUGUAAUGCUAUUUUACUCUCUGUUCUUGUGCGUGUCUAAACUGUGGGUUAAGGGUGACAUUUGAAGAAAAAAAAAUGUUUUGGGUGUCUUUAAGUGCUCAAAAAGCAUCCUUAACUGUGGCUUUGAAAUCAUAUUAUCCUUAUGUGUUAUCCUGUUCUUUAUUUUACCUGUAAAAGAAAUUUCCGAAUGGCAGCUGUUAAAGCCUGAACUAAAGCAAGAAAAUGUGCCCAUUGAUAAAGAGAAUCAGUGCCUCAGUAAUAACCCUUAAAAUGACUAGGCGAAAUGAAAUGAUUUGUAGAAGAGUUAGAAUUGAAAAUUAUUAUUUUCCAAAAGAUUAUAAAUAUUCGGUACUUAGGUGUAUAUUUACUUAAAAUAAAGAUUUUAGUGUUAUUUUAUAUAUUAUGGAACUUUUUUUUACAAUUCAUGAGUUGUGCUGUGUUUUAAAUGUAAUACAACUAAUAUUGAAGAAAUGCGAGACGAAGAGAAAAGGUGGAAAGUAAUUAUACUACUGCAACUAGACUUUGCCCAAUUCACUGAUUAAAAGAAACAACUUGAUGAUUAUAUUAAGAAUGAAGGAAAAAUAUUAACCAUGGAAAUAGAUUUUGCGUAUUAGAUAUUAAAUAAAGAAAUAAAAGCAUUGUAAUGAUUCAAGAUGAAGAAUACUACUGAUAAACACUAAACUGAUAUUUUUGUCAUCUUAAGUGCUUCUUGCAAACUGAUUUUUAUUGCCUUUAUGUUAGUUUCGAGCGGGGGAAAUGUAUUUUAUUUUCUUUGUUGGAAAGAAAAUUAAAGUGAAAUGAUAGAAUUAUUCUCCCACGAGCAGCUAAUUUAUCUAUAUUUCCGUUUUUAUCUCUUAUUUUUAAUCAACGUAACAUUAUUUUUAAUAAAUUAUUGUAAAAGUAAUUUUAUUAACCAUGCAAAAUGGUGCUCUAUCGAUGCUGAACACUUACGUCUGUUUUUUACUAUAUUAAUUGCAUUUAUUAAUUAGUUGAAGAGUGGAAUGGAGAAGUGCGAAGACAGUUUGUGAGAAAGAUAUUUUUGUACUUGCAUUUUUCAUAGUCGAGAUUCAAACAUAAUCACAAUAAUGCAAACAUUCCGAGGUUUUAUCCUCUUUUAAUAAUAUCUUAUGAGGAUUUUAUCGUAGGAAGUAAAGCUACACAAGAGGAAGUAUUUGUAUAAAGCGAUUCAAUAAAAAAGAAGGUUAUCAAGUCUUAUUAAGAGGAAAAAUAUCUCUACCGCAAAUACAUAUUAUAAACCUUGACAACAGUGAGAACAGUAAACAGUAGUUUAUACACAUUUGUAGGAGGGAGAAAAGGAUUUACUAAAACUGUGCCUUUUAACUCAAGAACCCCUAUUUUGACGAUUGAACAUUUAAUAUGACAUACAGAAUGCUGUAAUUUUCUAAUUAAACCCUAUAUUACAAUAUUUAGAAUUUACAAUGAAGAAUAUUUUGUAAGAUGUACUGUAAUUGUACAUAUUCAGUAAAUAAU